GGAAAGCAAUUGCGUCGGCGGCAUGGCUGUACGCGCCGCGCUGAGGCCGUUGCGCGGGGCUUUGGUCUCCCGGUUGCUCCCCGAGACGGGGCCGGGGAAGCGACACGGCUGGGCCGCCCUGCAGGCCGCGGGGGUCGCGGGGAGAGGAGGAGGAGGAGGCUUCACGCCGCGGGGGAGGACGCGUUGGGGCCCGGGCUGGGUCGUGGCUGCGGGAUUCGCCAUCGGGUCCCUCCACGCGGCGAGCGGCGGGGACAGAGGUGAGCGUCUGCUGCGGGCUGCCCGGACAGGUGACACAGUGGAGGUCAACAGACUGCUAGCUGAAGGGGUGGAUCCAGAUUCUCGCCAUGAGCUUGGCUGGACGGCCCUCAUGGUGGCGGCCAUCAACUGUCACCACAGUGUGGUUGAGGUGCUCCUUGCUGCUGGAGCAAAUCCUGAUGUUGGCGACGACUUUGUCAACGUCUACAGCACGGCACGCUCACUGGGGAUGCACUCCCUUGAGGUGCUGGUGGUUCGUGAGGAUGAGUUUAGCGACCGCCUCAACACACGUGCCAGUUUCCAGGGAGUGACGGCGCUACACUACGCAACUCUCAUCGACGAUGCACGCAUGGUCAAGUUGCUUCUGGAUGCAGGUGCAGACUCCACACAAGUGGACGUUGCAGGCCACGCAGCGCUGGACUAUGCUCGCGAAGGUGAUGUCAAGAAAAUGCUUUCCAAGCACCAGGUCAAGAGCAAGGAGCUAAAGGACAGCCAGGAUGCAGCUGAGAGAGUGCGCUACCCGCUGGAGCAGAGGUUCACGGAGUACCUUGUGGGACAGGAGGGUGCCAUCGCUACUGUGGCUUCCGCUAUACGCCGGAAGGAGAACGGUUGGUAUGAUGAGGAGCAUCCCCUUGUCUUCCUUUUUCUGGGCUCUUCCGGAAUUGGUAAGACAGAACUCGCCAAACAGAUUGCCAAGUACAUGCACAAGGACCUGAAAAAGGGAUUCAUACGUUUGGACAUGUCGGAGUUUCAAGGGAAACAUGAGGUGUCCAAGCUGAUCGGCUCGCCGCCCGGCUACGUGGGCUACGAGGAGGGCGGCCAGCUGACCAGCCGUCUGAAGAAGUGCCCCAAUGCCGUGGUGCUGUUUGACGAGGUGGACAAGGCGCACCCGGACGUGCUCACAGCCAUGUUACAACUGUUCGAUGAGGGACGACUGACAGACGGCAAAGGCCACACUGUGGCCUGCCCAGAUGCCGUGUUCAUCAUGACCUCCAACCUUGGGAAUGAGGAAAUCGCAGAGCACGCGCUGGCGCUGCGCAGAGAGGUGGAACAGCAGGCACAUGUUGCGCAGAACAACUCCAGCCUCGAAGAGACACCGGCCUCAAAUCAAGUAACCAUUUCCAGAAGUUUCAAGGAGGAUGUCAUCCGGCCCAUACUUAAGACGCACUUUGGAAGGGAUGAGUUCCUGGGUCGGAUUAACGAGAUCGUGUACUUCCUGCCCUUCUCGCACGCCGAGCUGCUCCAGCUGGUGGACCGGGAGCUCAAAGUGUGGGCCCGCAAGGCGCACGAGCGCCACGGCAUGGAUCUACAGUGGGAGGCGGAGGUGCUGCACGUGCUGGCAGAGGGGUACAACGUGCACUACGGCGCUCGCUCCAUCAAGCACGAGGUGGAGCGUCGGCUCGUCUCACUGCUGGCCACCGCAUUCGAGCGUGGGCUGCUUCCCCGGGGCUGCGCACUGAGAGUCCGAGCGGCGUCCGGUGGCCGUGUGGGCGCGACGGCGGCGACAACGGCGACGCGCACCCUGCGCCUGGAGUUGCUUGAGGAGGGUGGGGAGGGCGCACGGCUCCUCGAUGUCCACGUGCCCCUGGAGCCCGAGAACGUGUCCUGUUGGUGACAGCGCCGUCGUGGCUGUGAGGCUGCACCACCGAUACGGCGGCCACGCCACUCAACGGCAGAGCGAGCGGGUGGCUCGCAUCGGGAGGUUGCGAGUUCACAUCCUCGUUGGGGGGUCGACUUGGUACAUUAUCCCUCCCUCUGGAGGCGAUAAAAUGAGUAUUCCUUUAUGGGGAAGUGAUGGAUAUAAAUGUCGAAUUUCCACCAUUAGCUUAGUGCUGUAAGGAGAAGAUGAGCACCACCUCAAUGCUCAAUUGAGCAGGGAAUCACAUUCGACCUUUUUAGACUAAUCGGAACCCCUUUAGCUUCUACUCAGCUAUGCAGCAGGCACACAAGUGGAAAUCCACCGAGUGAUCACAUCAUACGACUCAGCAUGUGCUCUCUGCUUAUUGGGCGAUGGAGCUCUGUACGAAAGUUAAAGUGCUGGUGAUUACAUCUUCGUAUGGCUGAUGUUGAUGUAGAGCAACAACUGUGUUUAUGUUGAGUUUGUCGAGUCAGAUGAUUGCGUCAGGAGUAGUACGGCAUCAAGGAACUUUCUGGGGCGAAGUGCGAAUGUCUCGCAAACAACGUGUCCAACUGAAGUCUUGUCAACAGCUGUUUCAUCGGUCGGGUUGUAGGGCUACAUUUGCGAAUGUGGUGAUGGGUUCCCAUUGGCCUGGAUGCCAGAGGCCAUGCGGAGACCUCUGCUCCACCAGGAAUGCUUGUUGGUUCGUGUGUCCAUGUCCUGACACUGUUCAUUCCAAUCACAGCCAUUGUAUAUUCUUACGAAAAUAAAAUAUAGACAUCAG